AUGGGGCAGCUUGAGAACAAAAGGCCGUACUUUGGCCUAACAGGAGGAUGGCUCACCUUCUGGGUUACGGUUGCUUGCGCAACUGACAUGUCUCUUUUUGGUUACGAUCAGGGUGUCUUCAGCGGUGUCGUGAUCACCCAAAACUUCCUUGAAAUCCAUAGUCUUGUGGGAUCGGGGAAGACGCAGACUCUAUCAACGGUCACAGCUAUCUACGAUGUUGGUUGUUUCCUCGGUGCCAUUGUCGCAUUUACACUUGGCGAGCGUCUUGGCCGUAAGAGGUCUAUUCUUCUGGGAACAACAAUCAUGGCAGUUGGCACAGCUCUUCAAGCAUUAUCUUUCAGCCUUCCGCAGAUCUUCAUCGGCCGUAUUGUAUCUGGAAUUGGAAACGGUAUCAAUACAGCCUGCGCACCCAUUUGGCAGUCUGAAACUUCUCAAUCAAGGUGGCGUGGUAGAUUGGUGACUUUUGAAAUGAUGAUGAACAUUGCCGGAUAUGUUGCUGUCAACUGGAUCAACUAUGGUCUAUCAUUCGUUGGGGGUGCUAUUGCCUGGCGACUUCCUAUUGCCCUACAGACAAUCUUCCUCAUUGUUCUCUGGUCUACAGUGCCAUGGCUACCUGAAUCUCCAAGAUGGCUCCUCAUGCAUGGGAAAGAAGAGGAGGCUGUCGAAGUCAUCAGCUGCCUUGAGGCCAAACCGAUUGAAGAUCCCUUUGUCAUUGCGCAAUGUAACGAAAUCGAAUACACUAUUCAAUUUGAGCGGGAGAAUGCUGUCCGAUGGAGAGACCUGCUCAAGAAAAAUAAGAAUGACACCAAGACACUUCGUCGUCUGCUACUUGGUGCAGGCAGUCAGUUCAUGCAGCAAUUUGGUGGUAUCAACAUUAUGUCAUACUACUUACCCACUGUGUUAGAGAAGGCCGUUGGAAUGAAAGAGAGUAUGGCUCGUCUUUUGACUGCAUGCAAUGCCAUCUCUUACAUGAUCUUUUCGGGCCUUGCAGUCUUGCUGAUUGAGCGUAUGGGCCGCCGCGGUCUGAUGCUUCUGUCAACUGCAGGCCAGUUCUUCUGUUUCCUGGUCAUCACCAUUCUACUGAAGUUCAAUGAGACCACUUCAGAUCCCGAAAGCAAGAGGUUUGGCUCUGCAUCAGUUGCCUUCAUAUUUCUGUUCCACGGCGCAUUUGGUAUCGGUAUGCUUGGAAUCCCUUGGCUAUACCCGACUGAGAUCAACUCUCUCCCCAUGAGAACUAAAGGAGCUGCUCUUGCAACUGCCACUGAUUGGAUCACCAACUUUGCCAUUGUUGAAAUUACUCCAAUUGGAAUUCAAAAUAUUGGCUGGAAAUUCUGGAUUGUCUGGACAAUUACAAAUGCUAUAUUCUUCCCAGUUAUAUAUUUCUUCUACCCUGAAACAGCCAAUCGAACCCUGGAAGAUAUCGACGCUUACUACCGAUCGAAUCCCUCCUUGGUUGUCAUCAAAGAUCCUGAUGCUAUCUCCAGAUGUCGACCUCAGAGAUAUAUUGAUCAUGAAGAUGAAGAAGUUCACAUAACUGCUAAGAGCAAGGCCAUGGAUCAGACUGCCGAGGCUGAGCAUGUUGAGAUUACCAGCGAAUCCAAGGAUGCGUCAUGA